AUGCCAUCAACAGAAGAAGUCAUCGAAAAUACAGAGUCAAUUGCUUUUGAAGAACCAGCGAGCUCCCAUGUCUUUAAUCUAGAUGGUUUUCUUUCACCAGACGGUCAAUCAUCCGCCCUACUGAUAUUGAAUCAACAGAUUCUGAUAGCGGGAGUGUUCGAGAAACUUUGGAGGAACUACCACCUACACGUAUGUGCAGAUGGAGGCGCUAAUCGGUUAUACGAGUACUUCGAGGGCAAAGAGGAAUCACGUCUGAGCUUUAUACCCAACUAUAUCAUUGGUGACAUGGACUCCAUUCGGGACGAAGUCCUGCACUUUUAUUUAGAGCACGGAGCUAUUGUUGUAAGCCAGUCAUGGCAGAACUCAACGGAUUUUAUGAAGAGUCUGCAGCUCAUUUUCCUUCAUUUUCACUAUCCAGAACUACAAAGGAUGCUUAAGACCAAUGACUUUGCCCAUAAUUAUGGUAUCGAUGACUGUCACGGCAUCGAAACAAUGUACAAUAAAGAGCGAGCAAGCUGUACGAUGCACGAUAUCGAUCUUCUAGUACUCAACGCAAUUGAUGGGCGCUUCGACCAAACGGUACACUCUAUUUCGCAGUUGUAUUCCGCUUCCAAGACUGAUCCGUAUUAUAGAAUGUAUUUUUUGACCGCAACCGACCUAAUUAUGCUUAUACCUACUGGCGGUGCUCUGAUCAGGUACAGUAAAGAGUUUAAAGCCAAUUGCAUUAAGAACUGUGGUCUUUUACCCCUGGGGGGUCCGACGACCAUUAACCGCACCAAAGGCCUUAAGUGGGAUGUUCUCAAUUGGAAAACGAGUAUAUUUGAUGGCAAGGUUAGUAGUAACAAUAGAUUCUCCGGUGAGACCUGCUGUUUUUUUGACGUUCAAGACCCGAUUGUUUUAAGCAUCGAAGUAGUGCUGAGCAAGAUAAGUAGCUUCAUAUGA